UCGUCGAACAGUGUUGAACUUAAGCGAGAGGGAGUGUAAGUGCGUAAAAAACAUCUAUCGCACAUUUUCAAAGCAUAUUUUCAGCCACAUAAAUUGAGCAUAGCUUUAUUCUCAAAGUAGAAGCGGCAGUCAGGCACUGGCACGGGAAAAAGAAGAGAAAAAAAACGACAUCUAAAUCCGAUUGACAUCGAAUACAGUGGUGGUGGUUUUUUCUCUCACUCUCGUUGUUUUCAUCUUCAACAUUUUUUUUCUUUCUUUUUUCGCAUUUUCUCGCUCAUUCAAUCGGAAUACUCAUCCAGUUGUGUUAAACUUUGGUCAUAGUUGUAUUUUAAUUCUCAGUGGUUUUGCACGGCACAUUAUGACUUUGUCCAUUCGCUACAUACGUUUAUCAAUUUUUAUCAACGGCACCAACUCACCAAACCCACUUCACAGCAAUUAUACACAUAAACGGCGCAAAAAGUGAACAGUGUUCUCUACAUUCAUUUUUUUUAAAUUCUUUAUGUGUCGACACGAAAAACUUUUUUGGAAUGUACGAAAAUAAUGAAAGACAAACCAAUACAAAAAACAACGGUAAAAAAAUUGGCAAUAGAGUGUGUGUGGUUGAAAACUAACAGUAGCGGAGAAAACAGAAAGAAGAAUUUUAGAUAGGGAAAAAAAAGCUGUGUACAGAGUUGAAUCGUGUGCAAUUUCCAAUUGAUUCGGUCAUUGGCCACACAGUGUCGAGAAACGAAUGUGCUGCGAGGAAGUAAUGAAAUUGGGAUUUUGUUUUAAACAAAAAAAAAUAACUUUAACUAUGUUACACUUACCAGACGAGUCAGUCGGUUUGAGAUCGAACCAACAUUACGAAAACAUAGAAAACAAAUGGUGAGACAUUGCAUGCAUUAAAUAUACUUAACCUUUGCCAGUCGAAAGUGGUGUGUCUCCGAUUAAAGUCGCAAACAACGAACGACGCGAAGAAAAGCACGAAAAAAAAGAUAAACAUUAUUAAAAUAAUUGAAAAUAAAAGCGAAUUCAUCACGCACAAUAUGUGAAACGGUGUUUUUUUUUUCGUUCUUUCAUUUCGCAAAUACCGUCAUACAUUAUCAUUCUCAUGAUGCCAAAAUGAAAAGUUCAGCGUAAAAUAUAGCAUAGAUGAAGGAUUGAAGGGAAUGGGUGCUUCGUUUUCAGUGUUGCAACUUUGCCCAGCAAAGUGCUAAGCCAAUCGUAGUUAGUUGAAUAAAUUGUGUGAGCGAAUUUAAUUAAAUUUAAUUGAUAAAUCCUUCGAUUGUGAGUGUUAGAAUUGAAGGGAUAAGCGAAAUAAAAUAGCAACGUUGUCAAUUAGAAAAUGGAGCGUGUGUGGCGAAAAGUGAAUCAAGGAUUAUCCAACACAACAUCAACAUUGUUGAAACAAUCGCGCAACAACAACAAUCGAAACAGCAAUAGUAAUUACAAUUUUGGUGACGCAGCAACAAAUGCUGAAAAUCUUCGACAUUCUUCAUCGAUUCACAUAGAAGACGGUCCGGUCUAUGCGAAUGUUCCACAAUAUAAUCGCGGAUGGGGAUACAUAGAUACAUCGAAAUGCCGUAAACGACGAAGAAAAGUCAAAUCACGCCGAAACAGCUCAAAAGAGAAACACUCUAAAUCCAAGAACGUCGACAAAUCAAAGGGUUCAACAAAGGAAACUUCGCUGCGUGAGCGUGCCGUUGCCAAAUUGAAAAUUUUGAAUUUCAACAUCAACUGGGAUGUACAUAUGAAGCCAUGCGGAUCACGUGUCAACACCAGUAUUUUAACGAGAAGAUUGUGUCGUAAUCGAAGCUGCGACGACAAUGAACUAUACCGAUCGAAUAGUUUUAAAUUUGAACGAUUUCGCCGUGACGAUACAGAUGCGGCUACUGUGUCGGUUAAUACCUUGCCGAAGCAAGUCAAUAUAUGCGACGAUUACAGUUUACCCGUAGACUUUGUUAAAAAACGUCCAUCCAGCUUAGAACAAUGUCGUGAUGUAAAAUUUGCUGACGAUUUUCCAUCUCCAACCAUAUUUAAUGAACAAAUUUUGCCAACGUCAAGUUUGAAAGAGACACGACCCCUGUUGACCGCAUCAACUUCAACAUCAACAGCUCCAAAAGUUUUACUCAAUUAUUGUGAACCGAAGGAUAGUAAAAGGCCAAAACAUAAAAAAUCUUCAGUAAAAUCAAUAAAAUACUUGUCAGAUUCAUCGUUGCCAAACUCAACUGACGAAGAAUAUAAUCACGCCGAAUCCAAAUAUGACUCAUCCGAAAGUGUAGCCGAUAGUUACUUAAAUAACGAGCCUGAAUACGCGAAUCAAGAACGACCCCGACCAAUAUCACAUCAGCGUUUACCAAAUACAGGAUCAAAUUCAAACACAUUAAAUAGCAAAUCACCGUAUUACUAUGCGGAUUUGUUGCCUGGACUCAAAAAUUCAACACAAACACAGCGCUCGUUAAAAGUAAGUACAAUUGUUAGCAGUACAUCAACUGCACCAAAGAAAUAUAAAAGUUUUUUGGACGACCCACCAUCUCCGGAUGUGCUAACAUCACCUCCGGUUCAAAAACGGCGCAACGGAAAUUACCAACGAAGACAGUCGAUAAAUGAUCGUGAUACAUUUUCGUCGACAACAUCGGACGAUUCAAAUUGUUCCGAAUGCCAAAAGCGACGCGAACUUCGCAAUUUACCGCCGUCACAAAAUGAAUCGCUCUGUGUGAGUGCCAACGAAUACGACGAACGUGAAGAAGUGCCAUCGCCAGCCCCAAACGAAUUUCCAUGUGAUUCACGUGACUAUAUUGAAGCUGAGAGCCAAGACGUUACCGAAGACGAAAUGGCACCGCAUCGUUUAUUAGGCCAUGCUGCCUGCAUUUGCUCAUCGGAGCCAACCGAUGACGGUUCACAAUAUCGCUCGAAGAGCAUUUUUUAUGUUCACCAACAAGGUGAGGAUCAAUGUGCUGACUGCACCAUAAAUAAUGUCAAUGAAAGAAGCUAUUCGUGUGAAUCUGAUUUAAUGUCGUCCGGCAAACGACGAAUUCAAGUAUAUGAAACGGCAUUUGAUAGCACUGUGCCGCUCAGCGGUUCCGAUGAACAUUGUGAAAUUGAAGAGCGCAUCCGAAAUAUUAUGCUAAUUGAUCCAAAGUUCAAUCGAAAAACUGAGCAACCAAAUGACGAUGAGAAAACAAACCAACAAUUCAACUGUGAUUACCAUAAGAAUAGACAAGUAAGUGAAAAUAGAAAUAUUGGAUCGACAUCGUGUAAUUCACCGUCUUCCAAGAAUGUGGCGUCAACAGCCGGUCGAUAUGCAUCGCAUUCACCACCAUCAUCGGCUCCAAUGCCAAUUAAAUUUCCCGAAAAACACGAACAACGACUUUAUCGCGACAGUAAUCAGAGUGCACCAAAUUUACCGCAAACAAAUGCAACGCCACAUCAUUGUCGAAAUGAUCAAAAUGACCGGGAAAAACCGUCGAAAAAAUCAAUGUUGAAAAAGAAGUGUUCACAUGCACCGGAACGGGGAAAACAGGUACGAAAAAGUAAACGACGACAAAGAGCCGCCGCUGCAGGUCCGCAAAAAUAUUCGUCAACCGAAAGUAUGUCGUCGAGUGAAGGAAGCAUUGAAUCGAUACAUUCAAGUGCCAGUGAUGGUAAUCGUAGUUCGAUUAGUUCCGGCUCACGACAUUCGGCCUCGUUGAGCUCACAUAGUUCAGAUUCGGGCGCUCGUGUCCGUUAUCCACUUCGAACUCCGGUUAUUGUGCAUGCAAACAUGAACAUUUUGAGUCCAAUCUCCGACAAAUCAAUACAAGAGUCAUCCGAAAUAUUUGCGGCCGGUGCAACUCGUAAAACUUUACAAUUAUUUAACGAUAAUGGAGCGUCAAAUGUGUCAGCGAAAGAGCUGAACAAACAAACCAGCGUCGAUAUGAUGCUAUUGGAAAAUCAAAAAUCCAAUAAACGACGUUACUUACAAAAUCGUGCAUCGUUAUUGUUAAAAGAUGAAAUACAAGGCAGUGACAGCGGAAUCUCGUUGCAAUCGCGUGACGAUACAAAAAUAAAGAGUUUAGCUCUACCAAAUUUGAACGGUGGCCAACAAAAGCCAGAAUCACAAGCAUCCAAUAAUCAAUCGCAAGCUUCAAACCAAACAUUUAAUAACUCAGGGCUAAGUUUACCAGAAGAUUUUGCCAAUCUACCGUUCGACAUGCCAAAGCUCAGACGAAAUCUGUUGCUUUCAGAACAAAAACAAAGUACCUCAGGCAGUGCGACAUCAGUGGAUUUAGGCGAUCUUCCAUUUGAUAUGCCAAAAUUGAAUCGACGCAUACGAGCUCAAUCGGGAUUAUCGAAUGAUAAUGCACCCAGUACACUGGAUCAUCCAAACAAUAUGUCACACGCAUCAUCCAGUUUAUCAAUGCGUGAUGAUAAUCGAUUUGGCUCGGGACGAAAGAAUCUUUCUCUGCAAUUCAAUCGAACGUCAUUGAUGAAGAAUGAUGGAAUGCCGAAUGAACGCGGUCUACAUUUGAAUUUAUUUAGUGCCAAAAAUAAUAUUGACAUUGAUACAUCGCUUUCGUUGGAUCGACAAGGAUGGUAUCAUGGCGCAUUAACACGUAUUGAAGCAGAGAGCACACUUCGACCCUUAAUGGAAGGAAGUUUUCUUGUUCGCAACUGCGAAUCAGCCAGAAAUGAUUUUUCGCUAUCGUUGAAGAGCGCAAAAGGUUUUAUGCAUAUGCGUAUCCAACAAAAUGAUACCGGAAAGUUUAUUCUGGGUGAAUUUAGUCAGCCAUUCGAUUCAGUUCCUGAUAUAAUAAAGCAUUUUUGUUUGAAUCGAUUACCAGUGCGUGGAGCCGAGCAUAUGUGUUUGGUUGAACCUGUAAUAGCGCAAUUGCUUUAAGCAAAAUGAUAAACACUAGACAAAUUGCUUUCCACUUAAUAAUCUCCACGUCUAUUAAAUGCACACACCAGAUGCUCGCCAAAACAAAACAAAAGAAUAAUUCUAGUCGUAAUUGGUGCACCAAAAAAAUCCAACCUCAAGCAAAAUAACAAUGAAAAAGAAAAAACAACACCGAAAUUAUGCUUGAAAAAGUGUAUUUUAGACUGAUUCAAGCGUACGAACGGAAUGACACAAAUCAAGUAAAACAUACUCAUUACGCUACGAUUUUCUCUUUAUAUAGUAUAUGUACUGUGUAUUAUUUUCACCGUUCUAUUUAUCUGAAGGUAUAAAUUUAUGUAUUUAUUAUAAAACUAGUAAAUAUUAUAAACAUAUAAUAUAUGAUAUUUGAAGCCACACAAGUGGAGGACAUGCUCUCAUAAAUUAAAUGAAAUGAACAAAAUUUAUUUGACAAACAUUUCAACGGUGACACAUUCAUUCCAAUUAACGCUAAUAAAGUACAUCUCAUUUUGUAUGGAGGGUGUAUUUAGCAAAAAAUGGUCGCCAUAUUUUAAGCUUGAAACAUGAAACGUGUACACGUCAAUAGGAGAUAGAUUUAUGUUUUCGGUCAUUGCAGCACUCUCAAGGCGUUGUAAAAUGAGAAGCAUGAUGAAAAGCAGAACGGAAAAUCGUACAGUGUGCAAUCAAAUGAAAAUGUGACGAAUAUAUAAAUCAGAGAGCCAACCGAAAUGAAAAAUUGUUUUUACAAAAAAAAAAUUACUAUUUAUUUGGUAUGUUUUUGA